CACACACACACACACACACACACACAUAUAUGAGACAACAAACACACUGUGUCUGCCUCUCCCCGAGUAGGAUCCCGCCGCGCCGCUCACUCUCUGCAAACGCUGGCACUUUACAAGUGAAUGUCACCGGACUCCAGGGCUGCAAUAAGGUAGCGGGCUAACAGCCCUUACACCCCCUCCCUCCCUCUCUUCACCUCACCCCCCUCCCCUCCCGGGACUCCGUCGUUGCAGAUGGUCUGAACAGUCAGAAGAGAAGAGAAGGAAGAGGAUAAAACUUUUCACUGAAGUGACAGCUUAUUUUAGCUCUACUUCCUCUCUGGGCUAGUGCUUCUACCGCGGGGCCCAUGGCUGUGAACUCCUCGGGUGUGUGAACAGUCCUCUCCACUUGGUUUCCCGCUCCCAGUUCUGACCUCUUCUCGUCGACCCCACCACGGAAAAUCCAUCAGUCUAAUAAUGGAUGAUCACGGUGGCUCCUUAGACAGACCCCAAUCUGCCCGAUCCAGGCAAAAUGUCAUUAAAUGUGGAUGGCUGAGAAAGCAAGGGGGCUUUGUUAAAACUUGGCACACUCGAUGGUUUGUGCUGAAGGGUGACCAGCUUCAUUACUACAAGGAUGAAGAUGAAAACCGACCACUGGGGACUAUUUUCUUGCCUGGAAAUAAUGUCACCGAGCACUCGACUAAUGGAGAUGAGUCCAGGAAGUUCCUUUUUGAAAUUGUUCCAGGUGGAGAUCGCGAUCGAAUGACCACCAAUCAUGAAACGUACCUCCUCAUGGCCACUGCACAGAACGACAUGGAAGACUGGGUGAAGACUAUUCGCAGGGUGAUCUGGGCACCCUUCGGUGGAGGUAUCUUUGGCCAAAGGCUUGAGGACACUGUCCGCUAUGAACGACGGUAUGGGACCCACAUGGCCCCAAUGCUUGUGGAGCAGUGUGCUGACUUCAUCCGCCAGAGAGGACUGAAGGAAGAAGGUCUUUUCCGGUUACCUGGUCAGGCCAAUCUGGUGAAGGAGUUACAAGAAGCCUUUGACUGUGGUGAGAAGCCAUUGUUUGACAGCAACACAGAUGUGCACACCGUGGCCUCAUUGCUCAAGCUGUAUCUACGGGAGCUGCCAGAGCCAGUCAUUCCCUAUGCUAAAUAUGAUGAGUUCCUGUUGUGUGCCAAAUUCUUCACCAAAGAACAAGAGACUGGGAUGAAGGAACUAAUCAAGCAAGUGAAGACCAUCCCUCCUGUCAACUUCAACUUGCUCAAGUAUAUCUGCAGGUUCCUGGAUGAGGUCCAGUCUUAUUCAGAUGUAAACAAAAUGAGUGUUCAGAACCUGGGAACGGUGUUCGGGCCAAACAUACUGCGCCCAAAAGUUGAAGAUCCUGUUACUAUAAUGGAAGGUACAGUCCUGGUUCAGCAGCUAAUGUCGGUACUUAUAAGUGAACACAACAAUUUGUUUCCCAAAGAUGGAGAGGAGAUUCAGGGCAGACAGGAUGGCUGCAACAACAACAAUGAAGUAGCAAAGAAACCCUUGGCAGGGUUCACCCCACCUCUCAACAAGGAGAACAAGAAACCUCAAUCCGAACCUGUGCGCCUGUGCUCCUGGGACAACUCAGAGUCGCCCAAAAGGGUAAGCGGCGAGAAUCCGGGAUCUCCGACUGCACUGAAUGAGGGCAACAAGUUAAGCAGCAGUUCCAGGAGCAGCCUGGGCAAAGUGGAUGUCAACAGAAGCCCACCCAUCAUGGUGAAGAAGAACCCUGCCUAUUCCAAAGGGAGUGGCAUUGUCACCAACGGCUCCUUCAGUAGCCCAGCCGAGACCCAGGAGAAGAUUCAGACGUUGCCAAAUGGGAGUCUGCAGGCGAGGAGGAAUUCCUCACUGAAAGGGACGGGUACCAAGCUGGGGACGGGCAGCAUGCAGAACGGGGCAGUGAGGCUGGGGAUCUCCAGCACAGACAUGAUGAACUCCUCUCUCAACAACCGCGUUGUAGCCUGGAUGCCUAAUGGGUAUGUUAUGCUGCGGGACGGCAAGACCAAAGAAGCCAUGAACAGUGAGCCCACCACUCAGCAGCACAGACUCUCCACCUACGACAAUGUCCAGCAGCAGUUCUCGCUUUGCAACUCAGAUGACAAGCAGAGUGUGGACAGCGCCACCUGGUCCACAUCCUCCUGCGAGAUCUCCCUGAUGGAGCACAGCAAUUCCUGCCGCUCCUCCACCACCACCUGCCCAGACCAGGACAUUUACGCAGCGGGUUACGAGGACCCGGCACUGGAGGGCUCAGUCCACGACGCCUCCUUCCGGACUGACUCUGAGAACAAGUAUGAGCGGAGCAGCGGGGGCGGCUGCAGCAGCCGGGCCACUAGCAGCAGCGACAACAGCGACACGUUUGUCUCCAAUGCUUCUACCGGCAACCAUAGUGCGUUGCACAGUCUUGUGGCCAGCCUGAAGCAAGAAGUUACAAAGCAGAAGAUCGAGUAUGAAGCGAGAAUCAAAAGCUUGGAGCAGAGAAACCUUGAACUGGAGUCUGAAGUAAUGACACUUCAUGAGGAACUGGACCAGGAGAGGAAGAAGUAUACCAUGGUGGAAAUAAAGAUGAGGAACACAGAGCGUGCACGGGAAGAUGCCGAGAAACGCAACGAAAUGUUGCAAAAGGAGAUGGAGCAAUUUUUCUCGACAUUUGGUGAUCUGACUGUGGAGACUCGAAGGUCUGAUCGAAGUAAUACCAUAUGGAUUCAGUAAAGAUCAAAAGAUCAAAGACUGUGGUUGGGGAGGGGUGGAGAAAAUCAGGUGACUGGUCACCUGAUUGGGGUUAUGCUCAAUGAAACUCAAAACCUUGAAGGAUAAAAUGCAUUUCAACUGUACUUGCCAGUAUUUUGAUUGUGUACUUACCACCUUAUUAUAACCUGUAAGCUCCGUGUAAUUAUGUUACUGUUAAAUGUUACAACUGGUUGUGUAUAUGGCUUAAAUGAAAAAAAAAUAAUCAAUGGCACCUAUGUUUCUCAAAGAGAAAAAGGAAACUUUUAACAAAAGCCUUGUAUUUGAACUGCUAAAGUUAAUAUUGUUGUGAUGCAAUCUAGCUUUUUAUCAAGGCUUUUUAACUUGCACUUAACAUAAGCUAUCUUUUUUGCAUUGUGGUACAGUUGGCCUGUUUUGUAUUUCUUUCUUGUGUCCCCCUUUUUUUUCUGGGGCAAGAGAAUCUCGAAGAAUUAAAAGAUUAUGGAAUGGGUAAUGGGAUAUAUAAAGUUAAAUAUUGAAUAGCGUGGCGAUGCUUCAUGUGCCAUUUUACUUGUCUUUGACCAAAAAACAAAGUGUACAUACUUUAUAAAAAAUAUAACAGAUAAAUGACCUAAACCUUU